UUCAAUGACCAUCCACUUCUCGGCCCUUAAUUUCUCCAAACAACAAAAUAACGGAUAAGUCACAAGUGGAUAAGCCACCAAUGGCCUCCACGCCGCUUUUCUCCUCGCCGGCGACUACCUCCGCCGCCAUAUCCAACCAAUCCUUCCCUCUCUCCUCCAACAGGUUAUUUCCCUUCCCUAACAUCCCCACCAGAUCCUCUUCCAUCCCCAAAAGACCACUCACCAAGCUCCACGUGUCCUCCCCAACCAACAAGCCCACCUCCUUCUCCACCGCCGGCACCUCCGAGAAACCCACCGAGGAAACCAUCUUCUUUGACGGCGGGGCCCACUACGGCGACCUCACAGCCAAUCUUCUUCUGGGCUUCACCCUUCUUUGGCUGCCGUUGACUUUGGCCGCCGUUUUGAGGGCUUUCUUCUUGAGGUACAGAUUCACCAACCUGCGGGUGACGGUCAUCUCGGGACUGACGGGUCAGGAUAGGAGCGACUUCUCCUACAAGGUCAUCAAGGACGUUCAGGUUGUGCCACGUUUCAUCGGCGAGUGGGGUGACAUUAUCAUUACCCUCAAGGACGACACCAAGGUGGAUCUUAGGAGUGUUCCCAAGUUUAGGGAGAUUGCUAAGUAUUGCCUCUCCAUGGCUGAAAAGCCCAUGGUUCUCAAGGAGAGUGGGCCCAAAGGGUUUUAGAGAUUAUCAAUGAUCAUAUAUAAUAGUUUUUCUUUUGUAAAGGUAUGCAAUUAUAUUUUGUUUGUUGAUCUAAUUUUUGUAUACCGCGAUCAUUAU